UAUAUAUACUACUGCCUUUGGUGCCUGAACAUAGAGGAAUAUCGCACGCCUUAAUGUACAAUGUUCGAGGAUACACCAGUACUGAAGUUAUGAGACCGCUCGAGUACUGUGGCAGUUGAUCUUAAGAGCGUCAGUCAGUCAGUCAGUCAGUCAGUUGGUGUUAACAUUACUCAGUGACUCAUCAUUAUCCACUGCACCUCUAUUUCGGUGGAAGCUCCAUAAUUAAGCAAAUUAAACCAUGGAGUCAAGCCAACCCUCUAUUUACCAAGAGCCUCUCGCCUCUGCAAGGUGUCAGACGCCUCAAACUGUGGCUGCCUACCAGUCUGACCCAUACAUGACUUGCCACAAGAACCAGGCCUCUGUACACGAGGCAUCACAGCCCACAGUUUUGUAUGGAGGAGUCCAACCAUCGGUAGAGAACAAUAUGCGGCAAUCUUUGCCACAUACGGUCCAACCAUAUAUGCAGUACCAGUCUACGCAAGCAUCUGUGCAGUAUACUACUCUACCAACUGUUAAAUACACUACGACCCAAGCAUCUAUGCCGUAUAAUGCUCACCCUGCUGUGCCAUACACGGCACAGCCAUUUGCACAGUAUCAAGCCUCCCAAGAAUAUGUACAGUAUACUCAACCAUCUGUGCAGCUCAAUAUACUACCAACUGUCGUGUAUCAGAGCCAGCCUCAGGUGUGUGUAUGCUGUGCCACCACCGCAGACUCUGCUAGUAACCAACCAUCAACCACCUCUCAAGGUGUGUGGGGAUAAACCCAGGACGGUGUGGUGGUCAAGCGAAAGAGACAUCAUCACCACCCCAUUGUCAUGG